CUAUUCUAACAACUACCCUUUGACGCCUCAUUCUUCCUCGCUCUCUUACACUACGCCCAAGCUAAUGGCGAUUGCCGCCGCCAUAAGGUUGCUGCCACCUACAGCCGUCAGCCGCCGCUCUCUUUCCUCUUCCUGUUCACCUUCUUUCGUUUUUUUGCGGCUCUCUUCUUCUUCGUUUCAGCAGCCGAGUACUGUAAAAGCUACCGCUGGCCAGAGACCUGGUUUCAGCGUCUUCUCUUCUAUGAGCAUUCAGACUCCGGAGAAGAGUUCUACGGCGUCGUUUCUCGAUCGUAAAGAAAGCGGAAUUCUUCAUUUUGUCAAGUAUCAUGGACUUGGCAAUGAUUUCAUAUUGGUUGACAAUCGGGAUUCAUCAGAGCCAAAAAUUACUCCAGAGCAAGCAGUGAAAUUGUGUGAUAGAAACUUUGGCAUUGGAGCUGAUGGUGUGAUAUUUGCAAUGCCUGGCAUCAAUGGUACCGAUUAUACCAUGAGGAUCUUUAAUUCUGAUGGUAGUGAACCCGAGAUGUGUGGUAAUGGAGUUCGAUGCUUUGCCAGAUUUAUCGCUGAGCUUGAAAAUCUCAAUGGGAGGCAAAGCUUCACUGUGCAUACUGGUGCUGGUUUAAUUAUUCCUGAAAUCCAGGAAGAUGGAAAGGUCAGAGUUGAUAUGGGUGAGCCUAUUCUGAAAGCAUCAGAUGUUCCUACAAAAUUACCUCCAAAUAAUGAUCAGUCUGUUGUCAAGGCAAAAUUGGAUGUAGAUGGGUUAACCUGGAAUGUAACUUGUGUUAGUAUGGGAAAUCCUCACUGUGUCACUUUCGAUACGGAAUCAAGCAAGGAUUUGCAAGUUGAUGGUCUAAAUUUAGCAGAAAUUGGCCCAAAGUUCGAACAUCAUGUGAUGUUCCCUGCACGAACAAACACAGAAUUUGUUCAAGUCUUCUCUCCAAGUCACCUUAAAAUGCGUGUUUGGGAGCGAGGGGCAGGUGCAACACUAGCCUGUGGAACAGGAGCCUGUGCGGUUGUGGUUGCUGCAGUGCUAGAGGGUCGUGCAGAGAGGAGUUGCACGGUUGAUUUGCCUGGAGGGCCAUUGGACAUUGAGUGGAGAGAAGCCGACAAUCAUGUCUACAUGACCGGCCCUGCAGAAGUAGUAUUCUAUGGAUCAGUUCCUCUCUGAUGCUUUGGUCUCGGCUGGAGAAGAAUCGUCGCAUCCACGGGUUGACUUCUGUGCUACACCUGAAGAGGGGGGCAGGAGUUCGAGAACUGUACUAAUUUCGUUCUUAUCCGAAACUUAAUAUCUAGCCAAACUUGGUGUAAGCACCCUCCGUGCAAUUUAUGCGGGGAUCUGCUAAUAUGAUUUGAAAUAGAUUAUAUCAGGGGGAGCUGCUUGCUAGUAAGAAACCUGUAAGGUGUUUCCACUUCCUACCAACACUAUUUGCCUUUAUUCUGCGAGUUCAAACUGACGUCUUUCUUUGGUGGA